GAUCUCAUCGCCCGGAGAAGCUCUACACGAAUUAUAGGAGCAACCGGAGCUACAGUGGCCUAGUACCCCCGAGUGGUGCGUUGAUUUUGACCGCCCUCGGCACCGGCCGGCCACCGGAGCAGACAUUGUCGGGUGCCGCUCCACACUACCAAGUCCCUUAGACUCAGUCAGCCAAUUGCCGAACAUUCGAUUCUGACUAUCACCCGAGUUCCCAGUCGUUCUCAUAGAGACUUUGAACCUAACAAGAGGUACCUGUACCGUACUGUCGCAUCCUGGCACUCGCAAGUGGCCUCAUCCGAAACGCCUGAUCGUCGUAUCCUUUCUGUCUCUCUUUCUGUAUUCGUUCUCGGCCUUCGGCCUUGUUUUGCCGCUACUGUUUCCCGGGUCCUCGGGUUGCAUUGCCCAAAGAUAUAAUAUCAUGGCUGCCAGACGGCCUUCCCAGCGCCUUGCUGCGUACCUUGCAUCUCCUUCUACACGCUUCCCAAGAACCCAAUUCGCUUCUACGAGACGCUGGCUGUCUAGUUCUGCCGGUCCUAAAGCUCCACGAACCUCUUACUUCAACUACUCUCCUCUGUGGCUCGCUGCUGUCGCCCUCGGUACAGUCGCCCCUUUAGCUUACAAGAUGGCCGAAAUGGAACCUAUUAACGCCGACCCCUCCACUCUCGCCGACCGCGAUGCCCAGAAGAAGCGAGAGUCUGGCGUCAACGAAGACUCGCCUAUGCGUCUGCGCAUGGAAAAGUUUAUUCGGGAGCAGCAGGCUCUGAUUGUCGCUGAGCUCGAGAGAGUUGAUGGCAAAAAGUUUCGCAAGGACGAGUGGGAGCGCCCCAAUGGCGGCGGUGGCACAACCUGUGUUCUUCAAGAAGGCAACGUCUUCGAGAAGGCUGGUCUUGGCGUGAGUGUCGUCUACGGCUCGCUCCCCAAGCCUGCCAUUGAGAAGAUGCGCGCAAACCACAAAACCAUGGACCCCAACAUGGAGUCGAUCGACUUCUUCGCUGCAGGCCUCAGCAUGGUUCUGCAUCCUUACAACCCUAUGGCCCCUACGGUCCACCUUAACUACCGAUACUUUGAGACAGCCAACCCCGACGGUACAUCUCAAGCAUGGUGGUUCGGUGGCGGUUGUGAUUUGACACCCUCUUACCUCUUCGAUGAGGAUGCCAUUCACUUCCACAAGACGAUCAAGGCAGCUUGCGACGCUCACGACAAGGACUACUACCCACGAUUCAAGAAGUGGUGCGAUGAGUACUUCUACAACAAGCAUCGAGGCGAGGCCCGUGGUAUUGGUGGCAUCUUCUUCGACGACCUCGAUGAGACUGAGCGCGAUCGCGAGAACACCUUUUCCUUUGUCCAAGACUGCCUCAAAGCCUUCCUGCCCUCUUACAUUCCCAUCAUCGAGAAGCGUAAGGAUAUGCCCUACACUGAGGCAGAGAAGGAUUGGCAGCAGCUGCGCCGUGGCAAGUACGUCGAGUUCAACUUGGUGCACGACCGUGGUACAGCAUUUGGCCUGAACACCCCUGGAUCAAGGGUCGAGAGUAUCCUUAUGAGCUUGCCGUUGACGGCUGGCUGGAAGUACAUGCAUGAGCCUGAGCCUAAGAGCAGGGAGCAGCGCCUGGUUGAUGUCCUCAGGGACCCCAAGGAGUGGGUUUGAGUUACUGCUCUUUUGAUCUAAGAGAGGAAAUUUAUUUGUGUGAAAGCAUGAGGUCGAGCGAUUGUUUAGUGUAUCAUAUGCGAGGAUCAUAGAUGGGGACACCCAGGGUGGUGCAGGCUAUUAGGUACAAAAAGACGGACAAGUUGUCCGAUAUGAGAAUAUUAAAAAAAAUCAAAAUAAUUCAUAUAAUUCAUGAAAUGAUUCGUUGAACUGGUGAUUCUUGUGGAAGUUGAUGCGUAUUCUUGAGCUGACACUUUGGCUGUCAUUGAAUAUCACCACUCAUCUCAAACGUGGAGACUAGACUUCUUCCUUCAACAUCAUUCAUCGAACCAUGCAAAAGCACUCGUCAACUCCACGGCAAUGGAGCCUCUCCCCUCCCAUCGCCAGUUGAUUACAUCCCUCAUAAGUUCCGUCUCCAAUAUCGCGCCAUCGACCACCGCAGAAGACAUAUCAUCAGCGCAGCCACUUCGGGCCGCUCAACAACCCACAUUAUCACCCUUACAAGCCAUUCUCCCCUCUCAACGGCCUCUACUAUUAACUCUCCAUGUGCUGUUCCCAACUCUUCUACUCCCAGCGCUGGAUCUUCUCGAUCGGUGUCUCGUUAUCAGGCUAGUGCGAAAUGAGGAGCUUCAAGAUGGGAUUUCAUCAGAUAAGAUAAAGAACGACAUGUUUCUUGUUCGCUCUCUCGCUACAACACUUUCACGCCGCACGCGAGACUUCAGUGCAUCAUCGAAGCGCUACGUUGUGCAUCUUGAUGCGUGGAAUUGUACAUGUCCGAGCUUUACAUUGGAUGCUUUCCCAGCUCAUGCUCAUGCUGUCUCAACUACGAACCAAGUACAGCAGUUACCAACUGAAGAUGGAGAGUGGUCCUUUGGAGGCAUGAGUAUGGAUCCACGGGGAGAUGCUCCUCCAUGUUGCAAACACCUACUUGCAUGCUUACUUGUGGAUAAGUGGUCAGAAAUGCUCGGCAUGUGUGUUGAGGAUCGGGUUGUAUCAAAAGAUGAAAUGGCUGGUAUCGUAGCCGACUUGUAAAUAUGGUUCAUCAUAGCAGUAUCGAAAGACCCGUCUCUCAAGACGUAUCUGUCCAGUAUGUAUUAUCCGCGCUCCGUCCUCUAAUAAUCCAG